UGGUUUGUGUGAAGGAUCAGGGAGGGGAGGGACGCUCGUAGAAAACCUGACACGCUAGCUUCAGCAAGCAAUUACAGCCAACAGCGACGUUUCGAGGGAGGGUGGCCACCGAAACUAAUCAAAAGGGCCGUCCAGCACCUGAACCAUCAAUCCGGUUUAGGAGUGAAGGCGAUCAAUCAGGCUGCGGUUAACCUUCGGAGAGAAGAAACGUAAUUCAACGUCAACCUUGUUUUUUUUUUUUUACUUAUUAUCGGUGACAACAUGGCUGAGUGUAACGUUAGCAUCGAUAAGAAAAAACUACCUGGAGUGAAAGAGGUGUGCCGAGACUUUGCUGUUGGAGACCACUGCCUGGCCUACAACCUCCAGGAACAAGAGAUCUUGUGUGUUUGUGUUCACAGUGAGAGCCACUUGGCGUCAAACGUCAAUAAGAGCCGCCUGGUGCAGAAGGACCUGCAGGUCGCCAAGAAGCUGCAGAAGGAGGAGGAGCAGAAGGCCAAAGUCAAGACGCAGAUACAGUUCACUGAAAUUGAACGUCAAGAUAAUGAGAUCGCCCAGGAAAUUCAGGAAGAACUGGUCCGACAGGCAGAACAACAACGACAGCAAGAAGAGAAGGAUGCGGCCAUUGCACGUAAGAUGCAGGAGAAGGAGAUGAAAGAGGAGAGGAAGAGACAGAAGCAGCUGGAAGCAAACUUCGAAGAGGAGUACUUUGAGGAUCAUGGAGCAGUCGUAGCAGGCUCUGAGUUAGCUCUGAACGAGGCUACCAAAGGGAUAACAAAGGAUCUCCGUGAGCUGGAGCUGAAGGAUAUGGAGGUGGCCAGGAAACUGCAAGAAGAGGAAAUCAAGGCGAGUAAGAUGCAUGUGCGUGCAGCUCAAGUGGCGCAGGAUGAGGAAAUCGCCCGCCUGAUGAUGGAACAAGAGAAAAAGGAAUACAAGAAGCAACGGGAGCAAGAUAAAGAGAGAGAGCGAGAGAAAGACAAGGAGCGAGAGAGGGACAGGGAGAGGAUGGCCAUGGAGAAGAUGGCCAUGGAAAGGAGACGACCAGAGGGAGACUACAGGCCAAGUUCGGAGGACGUCGUCCGACCUAGAACGCGAGAGGAGUAUGAUUACCAGAGGCAGAGGAAUCACAACAAGCCUACCAGGCCUCCGCAGCCUCGUGCACAAGACUACGAGAAUGUGAACUCUGGCUACGGCUACUCGGACCACCCUGUUCCCCCUCGAGCUCCAACUAGACCUGAGACUGCUUACAAAGGUGCCUAUUACAGGCGGUGACUCAGGCUCUCUGCCAUGUCCAGACAUGCUGUCAAUGCUCCAUCGUCCUCCUUUUUUAAUUUAUCUUUUUGUUUUCAACCAUUCACACUCUGUUGACCAAAAGCCUUGGGACAAUCUAAUGAGUCGGCAAUGGCAAUUUCUUUUUAUUACUUUUAUACCCUCCAAAGUUGGCCCUGAGUUCAUCAAGUGGGUCUGAGUGCUGGAACCACAGUCAUCUUUUUCUUUCUUUUUUAUAGUUGUAAAGUAUUAUCUGAUAUGAUUUCUUCUUUCAACUGGCUCCAAAAAAAAAAAAAAAGCCGAAAUAUCAGCCUUCUGACAUAAACUCCCAUGGUUCUUAGCUGUUCAAAGUGAGGAACUAGCUCCUCAUCUGCUAUGGUCGUGCGCUGAUGUUUGUCCCAUACGUGGACCACCAUGCCAUCACAAGGGCUCGAGGCCUCUGCUGGAAACAACCAUGCAAUCUCAAAGUAUCCUCAUGACUUCUUCAUGGGACGUGCCUGUCUGCUUCAACAUGGCUGCUACAGUGUCUUACAUACCAACAUGGCAGCUGCUUUGUUACACCCAUGCACCCUGCAGUUCUCUUUUUUGUCACUUUCUGCAUCGAGGAUACCGGCGCCCUCUCUGUGUGCCACUCAGCAUACCACCCGAGAUGGAAAUGCUUCUGUUUCUCUAUUUAAACUAAACAACUUAUGAGCCUUGAUCAACAUGCUGGUGAUUUUUCCCCUUUUGUUCCAGUGCAGAGGAUGCAGAGCUUUGUGAUGAUCCAUGGAUUUUUAAUUGGCUGUCAGCUGUCUUUUCUGCUUGUGAGGGUUCUUUUUACCCAGUCACCCUUAAACUGAAGUGGAUGGAUGAUAUUCUGUGUAGGACUCACUGUUUCUAUGUGCAUGCUUACUGAAAGUGUACAGCCUUGUACGUGCAUUUCAGCUCUGUAUCAAAUAAUUCGGCUCCCUUUUUUAUCGUCCAAAAGGGCUAAAGCCGCAGAAAGCCAAUUCUCCUCUUUUAAUAAAUGAAGGAAAUAUGUUAGCUCUUAUACUACUGUACAAUAUAUAUAUAUAUAUCACUUCUCUGCCACUAUUUCAUAUCAUUUACAAACCUUAUCUGGCCCAUGUGAAAGCCAGUUCCAAAAUGAAAUGCAUGUACAUUGCUUGUCUGUUGUUGAAUCUGAAUUCAUGCUUGUUCUUACAGCGCAGAUGUUGUGCGAUUGAAUAUUAGUUCUUGUUUUAUUUAAAUGUAAAAAAGCAUUUUUAUUUAAGUUCUUUUUUUACUUGUCGAACCAAAUCCUGUUCCCUAUCGUGGACAAUACAAUAGUCUCUCUUCAGUCCCUGUAUCUUUUGUCCUACCAGUUAUCUUUCUUCCGAAAAAAGGGAGCCUUACACUUUAUUUUUGUAUAGUUUGUUAGACUUUCCUUGGAUUGUUUCUUUAAUUUCCAUUCCCCAGAGCUUUCCUGCUGUCGCAUCCAGUCCUCUUGUCUUUGUCUCAAACUCAAAGGCAGACAUCACAUCCUGCCUGCCUGCCUGCCUGCAGAAAAUGCAAACAUUCUCACAGCAGAGGAGAAAUCAGGAUGGAGGGAAAUGAUUCACGGGGUCAGCUGGAAAACUUAACUUAAAAGGGACCUAUUUUAGUGUUUUUACAGCUACAGAUCUAUUACUUUUGUUCAUAUUGAAUAAGGAUGAAAAGGAAAACAAAGCACAUUCAUAUUUGUGGGGCCAGAGAGUAAUUCAAUCUUUUAACAUUAAGUGCUGCCUCCAGGUUCUCCUGUUGUAUUUAAUGUUGCUGACAUAAUUCAGCUACCCAGUUGGUUCUGUCCCUGCUCAGAGUGAUUAAAGUGAUCAGUUUUCUGUACCCAGGUGUGAAAUGUUUGGACUGCUGAGGAUGGUCUUGCUGGUGUAUUUGAAUUAUGAUGAUGUGCUAAAUGCUGUUGACAGAUUGAAAAUUGUGCCAUAUGUUUUUAUUGUUAUCAGGGACCUAAAAAUGGAAUAGCUUAGAGUAGUUUUGGUUGUAGCAGAGCUACCACACCCCAAAAGUGUGAUUCAUAAUUUCUUCUUUGGUGGGAGCGCCACCUUGUGGACAUAGUGACUAUUGGAAGAGAGAAAAAAAGUAUAGAAUUGAUCAGGAUGCGUCUUGGUGUAUUUGUGGAUGUUGUGCAUCAGACAUUACUUUGGAAUCGAGUGCUGUCUCCAUCAAACAUUGAGUAUCAUGUUUGUUUUUGUUUGUUCUUUUAAUCCAGGGCUUGUAUGCAAUCUACCAAUCAUGAAUCAACACAUACUGUAUGUGUUGGCACUUAAUGUAACAGAACUUUUUUUAAAUAAAAGGAAUUAACAAGUUGCUUUUACCUAUUGCAUCUCAAAUGUAAUAAACUGUAUCAGCAUUUCA